CCCUGCCGAUUAUCACGGAUGGUGUCGACGCUUCUCGUGAGAGGCGCCCUUGUCCGCGCUCCCCUUGGCGCCCGUUCGCGACCCUUAACGAUAGCCGGCGAACACGACUGCGCCGCAUUUGCGUUUCGGCAGUCGCGGAGCCGGCAUCGAUCGUCUCUCCUAAUCUCUUCCUCAUUUUCUUUAACACAACGUGCGUGUGCGCGAGUCGCACGUAAAACCGGCACACGAUCGCAUCUCGUUGCAGAACCCGCCCGCCGUAACAGUCUUGCGACACCGAUUCUCCGAGCAACGGGAUUAUUCGCCGGAUUUGUUCGAACCGCGCCUCAGGGUCACCGGCGGCAGCGCAUUCUGAAGUUCACGGGUUCAACGAAUCCAGCGGUCGCGGCGCCGAAUUCCCUCGAAUCGCCGACGACGACGACUCCGUCGUUUUUCGCGAUUAGUUCUCGUCUUUUCCCAUUCGUCGUCAUUCGACCCACCGCCGAGGGGGAUGCCGGGCCCGAAGGUGCUCGUAGAUUCGCCGAGAUUGCGGUACACGGACGACUUCGUCGAGGCAGAAUACGAGUAUCAGACGACGAGCGUGACCGAAACCGGCGGCGACAAUGACGACGAAAGUGCGUACACGGUGAGACCUACGUCGACGAAACUGCUGAUAAGGACAAUGUUGAACAUCCCUAAGUUAGGUCUGAUGCUGGUAGGUUGGGGUGGCAACAACGGCAGCACUUUGACAGCGGCCCUGCUGGCAAACAAGUUUAAGUUAUCGUGGGAGACGAAAGAGGGUGUGAAAUUUGCGAACUGGUACGGCUCGCUGACGCAAGCGUCCACCAUCAGGCUCGGUAGGUCGAGCAAAGGGGAAGUGUGCGUACCCAUGUCCAGCAUGCUGCCCAUGUUGAACCCCGAGGAUGUUGAGAUCGACGGCUGGGACAUCUCCGACAUGAAUCUCGCGGAAGCGAUAGCGCGCGCCAAAGUGUUGGACAUGAAUCUGCAGCUGCAGCUGCGGCCGCACAUGGCACAUAUGCGGCCACGCAAGAGCAUAUAUUAUUCCGACUUUAUCGCCUCGAACCAAGGUGAAAGAGCGAACAACGUCAUUUCGGGGACCAAGUCCGAGCAGUUGGAGCUGAUUCGCAAAGACAUCGUGCAGUUCAAGGCGGCGAAGAACUUAGGCCAGGUGAUCGUCCUGUGGACCGCCAAUACCGAGAGAUUUUCCGAGAUAAUCGCAGGUGUUAACGACACGGCUGACAAUUUGCUGAAGGCGAUCGAAGAGGACCAUUCGGAGAUCAGUCCUAGUACUAUGUUCGCUGUGGCAGCGGCUCUAGAAGGAUGUACUUACAUCAACGGCUCGCCGCAGAACACGUUCGUGCCGGGCGCCUUGGAGUUGGCCGAGCGGCAGAAAACCUUCGUCGGCGGCGACGAUUUCAAAUCAGGCCAGACCAAGCUGAAGUCUGUGCUUGUGGAUUUCCUCGUGUCGGCCGGCAUCAAGCCGGUAUCGAUCGUCAGCUACAACCAUCUGGGAAACAACGAUGGUUAUAAUCUGUCCGCGCCGCAGCAGUUUCGCUCGAAGGAGAUCUCCAAGAGCAAUGUCGUGGACGACAUGGUGGAGUCCAACAGGAUCCUCUACAAGACCGGAGAGAAGCCCGACCAUUGCGUCGUUAUCAAAUACGUUCCCUACGUUGGCGACAGCAAGAGAGCUAUGGACGAAUACACGUCUGAGAUCAUGCUUGGCGGCCACAACACUAUCGUCAUUCAUAACACGUGCGAAGACUCGCUCCUAGCAUCGCCCAUCAUACUCGACCUGGUGAUUCUCGCCGAACUCUGCUCUCGUAUCACUUUUAAACAAGCGGACGACGAAGCCGGAGAUUUCUCCGGCUUCCACAAUGUCCUGUCAAUAUUAUCUUACUUGUGCAAAGCUCCCCUUGUACCUCGGGGAACUCCGGUGGUGAAUGCUCUCUUCCGACAACGAGCUGCCAUUGAGAAUAUCCUGAGAGCUUGUUUAUCCUUGCCACCGGAGAACAGCAUGUUGCUGGAGCACAAGGUCACUUUCGAGAUAUAAGAGAGCUGAGAAGGCUGGAACAAUCGUCCUCGUCAGAGAGGAGAAAAGUCCGCGAUGUGUCUUUUAGUUCGGUUUGCGAUCCCUUUCUUUUUGAAUCCGAUAUAGAGAGUAGAAAUUCAUGAUAUCGAUCGAAAUCGAGUCGAAGAUUGCAAGGGACGAGGAGAUGAGAAGAAGGCAAAAUUUUGCGAGCUGAUCCCCCCCCCC